AUGCUCUGCUCUUCUGAUUUACAGAAGGUUAGUGAUACAUUCUUUUCCAAUAAAAUCAGAAGAUUGAUGGCACAACCAGAUGUUACUUUGAUUUCAGAUUUGGAUGUACUUAAAGAUGAUUCGACUAUCAAAGUAAGAGUGAUAAACCUAUGGAACCUCUUUUCAUUCUAUAACAAGGACGAACUUUUCAGCAUUGAAUUAAUCUUAAUAGAUGAACAGGGUACCAAGAUUCAAGCAAAUGUAUUAAGAAAAAACAUCUAUCGAUUCAAAAACAUUCUAAAAGAUGGCUUGGCAUUUUACAUAAAAUGUCCAAGCUUUGCAUCUCAAAGGAUGAAUGGUUUUACUUUGACUCGGCAAGAUCAUAAACUUACUUUUCUCCAUAACACUGUUGUUAUGGAGUCUCAUGAUUUUUCUAGACCUACAUUUGGUUUUGAGUUUGUUGAUUAUCAGUCUGUUAUCUCAUUGGCCCAUCCUCAAAACAUGGCUAUCGAUGUUAUUGGAUUAGUCGUUGCAAUUGGUGAGAUGGGGCGAGACAAUGAAGAUAUGAAAAAACAUCCAAAUCCAAGAUGCAAAGUUUGUUGUUUUAAUAUAUUUUUUUUUGGAUAUUUACAUUAUAUAAUUAUCAUUUCAUCUAAUUUAAAACUUUUAUUUCGCAAUGGUUUGCAACUCAAUGUCAAUUUGUGGGGUGAUUUUGCUUACAAACUGCAAGACUUUCUUCAUAACAAUCCACACAAUCUUCGUAUGAUUGUUAUCCUUCAAUUUGAAAAACUUAGUAUUUGGAGAGAUCGUCCAACAGUUAACACCUACUUUUCCGUAUCAAAGCUGUUCAUUAACACAGACAUUGAUGAAAUCAAUGCGUUUAAGAAAAGUUUGGAUGGAGAUGAUAGCCCUGAUUCAUCUACAAAUACAUUCACACUUUUGAAGUCUAAUAAAGUUUCUGAACAUGAUGAUUUCAUGGUUAAUUUCCAGUUGAAGACAAUUGCUGAUGUUUCUGAACCCGUGGAGAAAAAUACAUUUAUUAUCGUGGGCACUAUCAAGGGAAUUUUACAAAAUGAACCAUGGCAUUACUUGGCAUGUACAAAUUGCAACUACAAAGCAUUUAAGCCUCCUGGUGCAGACGAUCAACCUAAUGUUGAUGAAUUAACUCAUGGUUAUGAAUGUCAUAAUAACGACUGCACAAAAACUGAAACUUCAGUUAUUCCGAGAUUUAUGAUUCCGAUACGUGUCCAAGACAAUACCGGUACACUUACCUUAACCAUGUUUGAAAGGGAUGGAAAAUAUCUUUUGAAGAAAUCAGCCAAGGAUCUGUUUAAAAAAACAUUAAAGGUGCUUGGUUUUAGUACUGCUUUCUAUCCUGGAGAGAUAAAUGCACUGAAAGGGUUGAAAUUGGCGUUUAAAAUAUCAAUCAAAAACUUCAACGUCUCAAAAAAGAACAACCAAUAUAGUAUAUGUAGAGUGAGUGAUGAUGAAAAGUUGAUUGAAGAACUGGAAAAUAAGUUGACCGUUUCACAGGUUGGCAAUUCACAGUCAUUUGAUGUUGCUGAAGCAGAUUUUGAAUCACAAGAUACUAGGAGUUUGAAGGAUGCAAUUUCUGGGACAGAUGACAACAUAACACCUUCCACUGUUGAUAAAAAUUCAGCAACAAGUCCCAUGAAGAAUUUGAAUACACCAAAAGUUUUGAAGAGAAAUUUGGAAAAAGUAUUUGAUUUGGAGUUGAAUGAAAACUCAUCAUCUUCAAAAACUCCAAAAAUUUCACCAGAAUGA